AAGCAAGUCACUUGAAUACAAGAAAAUUAUGGAUUCCUCUGUCGCAGAAGAAGAAAAUCCAGAUCCAAGCAGCCCCCCACAACCUGCUGUCGUUGGAACAGUCAAAGGGGGGAAGAAACCAAAGAAAAAAGAGAGAACAGGAAGAAGAAAUCGUGAGAUUUGUGAUGUGUUUGGCGACGCAGCCAUGAUGAAUGCUUACAACAUUUCCCACAGUGUACAAGACUUCCUCAAUUAUCGUGGAUUCCCGUGGGGUGGACAUAAAAAAUAGGAAUAUUUUGAAUAAAUUAAACUUUAUUUUAAAACUAGCUUGUCUCAGUCAUAAUAUUUCAAUAAAAUUCAUGUCAUAAUACUUAUGAGACAGCAUUUGAAGGACUAAUAAGAAUGCAAAU